AUGGCAUUCGUGAGUGCAGUUACCGGCGAUGACUCCACGAGAAAAUUUAUGGACGUCUUGCAGAAUGAUUUCAAGACACUUAGCUUGGAAACCAAGAAAAAAUAUCCCCAGAUAAGAGAGGCAUGUGAUGAAGCAAUAGAAAAGCUAUCCUUAGCUGCCAAUAAUCCGCAGGCUUCAUUGUAUGGAGUUGUCAAUCAAAUACUUUACCCCCUUGUACAAGGUUGUGAGUCAAAAGAUGUGAAAAUCAUAAAGUUCUGUCUGGGCACUAUUCAACGGCUGAUUGCUCAACAAGGCAUUGAUGCCAAAGGAGCCAGGCAUAUAGUUGACUGUUUGUUCAACUUGGGCCAGGCAAAUACACUUGAGCUAAAGUUAUUACAAACUGCUGCAUUGCUUAUGACUACCUCUGAUCUAGUACAUGGGGAUACUUUAGCUAGGACAAUGGUGCUGUGUAUGAAAAUGGUGGCAGCCUGUGAGGGUCGAGAUGUGAGCACAAGUCAUGCUGCAGCGGCCACUGUGAGGCAACUUGUUGCUUUAGUCUUUGAGAGGGCUCUUGCUGAAGCAGACGGUACACUAAACGUGAAUCCUGCUGAUGUCAGAAUACAAACAAAUCAAAAAGCUCCAAAGGAUCUUAAACCCUGUGCUGUUGAUGCCUAUCUUAUUUUACAGGAUAUAAUACAAUUAAUCAAUGGUGACGCUGCAAACUGGCUUGUCGGAAUAUCUGAUGUUCCAAAGACGUUUGGCUUGGAAUUGCUUGAUACUGUACUUACUGAUUUUUCACCUGUGUUUUUUAAAAUAACAGAAUUUAGAUUUUUACUGAAGGAGCAUGUAUGUGCAUUGAUAAUUAGGCUGUUUUCGCCAAAUGUUAAAUACAGGGCAGCCUUUACCGCCCCCCAUAUACCAGGUGGUGGAGCGGGGGGAACCCCUCCCGCCCCAGAUAGGCCCCAUUUUCCUGUUACUAUGAGAUUGCUUCGCUUGGUUUCUAUUAUACUGCACAAGUAUCACGAUUUAUUAGUGACCGAGUGUGAGAUAUUCUUAUCUCUAACAAUAAAAUUCUUGGACCCGGACAAACCGUUAUGGCAAAGAGCGCUCGCUUUGGAAGUACUACAUAAAAUGACUAUACAGCCUGAUCUUCUCAAAUCGUUCUGCGAGUGUUACGACAUGCGUCCGCACGCAACGAACAUCUUUCAAGAUAUCGUAAACGCACUCGGCGCGUACGUUCAAAGUUUGUUCGUCGCUGCCAAUGUGAAUACUCAGCCCGGAUCAACCGGGGUUCCUCAACAAGCUGGUUUCUAUUGGAAGGGUGUCUGGCUACCGCUUUGCGUCAUCUUCGAGCCUGGUACUGCAAAGUCUAUUUACAUAGAAAUGCUCGAUCGAACAGAAGCGCCCACAAUCCAAGAUGGCUACGGCAUAUCAGUUGCUUACGCAUGUCUUAUAGAGAUAAUACGGUCCAUCGCUAUUAGUGUUGAAGGUGAAGAGUAUUAUAGGUUACAGGAACUGUAUGAUGACAAUCAAAACGAUAAUGAUGAGAAGGAAGUCAACACUAACACCAAAGCUAUCAGUAAUAAAGAUACAGAUGAUACAGAGACCAGAGAAAUAACGAAGAACGGACAUAGUGAGUCUGAUCAGAACUCCAAUAUAGUGAGGAAGGAUUCUGAAAUGGACGAAAAAGAUCGACAGCUUAGCUUACAGCUUAUAAAGUCAUCUUGGUGUGGCUUAGUGUGGGGUUUAUCAGUACUAGCAGAGGCCAGUAUUGGAGAGCUGGAGAAUAUUUUAUGUGCCAUACAGACGCUUGCUAGAGUCAGUGGGAAGGUGGGUGUAACAAACGCUCGCGAUGCGUGUAUAGGCGCGCUAUGUCGUUGCGCUUUACCGGCUCAAUACUGUGUGCCUGUGUUAGGAGCAUUAGCGGCAUUAGCGUGUCCGUGGCCCGCUGCGCGCGCGCAACCCUCUCCACAGGCUGAUCUGAGACAUCAUGUUGUAUGGGUCGGGACUCCUUUACCCUGUGCGCAGCCACCUGGCCAGCAGCAAUCGUUCGUGAUGGUGACUUCUCGUCACGUGACAGCAAUGCGUGCCCUGCUUCAGGCGGCUCGCCGGGAUGGAGACACUAUGCAACAAGCUUGGCUGCCUGUUCUUACUACGCUGCAGCAUUUGGUAUGGAUCCUAGGUCUGAAGCCGUCGACCGGUGGGAGUAUGAAAGCCAGUCGUGCAAGUGCCGACGCCAAUGCUGUCAUGAGCACUUCCGCUGUCAUGGCUGACCUCCCUGGUCAGCAAGUUCCCGUGGCGGAAUCUCUGGGAGUAAUGAGCGCUCUAUCAGCAAUGUUAUCGAGAGUGUUCGAGGCUUCAAAGAAUCUAGAUGAUGUAGCUUUGCACCACUUGAUUGAUGCUCUGUGUAAAUUGUCUAAUGAGGCUAUGGAUCUGGCAUAUUCGAAUAGGGAGCCAUCAUUGUUCGCGGUUGCAAAACUUUUGGAGACGGGGCUGGCAAACAUGCAUAGGAUCGAAGUGAUGUGGCGACCUAUUACUAAUCAUUUACUCGAAGUGUGUCAACAUCCACACAUACGCAUGAGGGAAUGGGGAGUAGAAGCCAUCACUUACCUUGUGCAAGCCGCAUUUCAAUAUCAUCACAAUAACCCUGCGUUAGUAACUGAGGCUCGCGAGCGCCUGAUACUUGAACCAUUAGCAGAGUUAUGUAAUGUACGUCAUUGCGACGUACGCGCUCGUCAGUUAGAAUGUGCGGCGAGAUUAUUACACUCACGCGGGGAGCAGCUCGGUGCUGCUUGGCCCUUGAUGAUGGAGAUCAUUUCUGCUAUAUGUGAUCAACACAGCGAACAACUAGUACGGUCAGCAUUCCAAUGUGCGCAACUAGUAGCUGGGGACCUAUUAGGAUGUGCUGGACCCCGGUGUUUACGCCGUGUGUUAGCCGCCGCUGCGGCGUUUGCCAGACAGACCAAGGAGCUUAAUAUUAGUCUUACCGCUGUUGGUCUUAUGUGGAACAUAUCAGACUAUUUAUACCACAAGCGGGAUAAAUUGUCUGUGGCACUCGCGAACGAAGCGGCCGCUUGUCCUGAAUACCCCGAUUUACCACCUCUGGACAGACUUUGGAUGUGCCUUUACGUACGGCUUAGUGAGCUGUGUACGGAACCGCGAGCUCCGGUGCGACGUGCAGCCAGUCAGACAUUAUUCAGCUGUAUCGGAGCACACGGGACCCUGUUAAGCAAACCCGCGUGGAGAGCAUUACUAAAUAUACUCUUCCCUAUGUUGCAACAGGUACAAAAACAGUCUAACAUUGCGAGUUCGGAAAAAGUUGAUACAGGAGAACAUAUCUUGAUACAUCACACCAGAAACACAGCGCAGAAGCAAUGGGCCGAAACACAGGUUCUAACCCUAUCGGGUGUGUCUCGUGUGUUCCACUCGAGGUUCCAGUUAUUGACUUCCGUUGGGGAUUUCCAGAGGUCAUGGACGGCACUGUUAGACUUUAUUGUUGAUUUUGCACUAAGGAAGAGUCACGAGGUAUCAGUAGCAGCAUUAAAGUCAUUCCAAGAGGUGGUGACAGCAGCGGGUCGCGUGGAAAGUGAGAGUGCGGCGAGCAACAAACGCAUUUGGGCUGCUGCGUGGGCUGCUUGGACCAGUAUUGCGUCUAACCUGCAUUCCGAUACAGCCACUAGGACAGUGCCAGAAGAUGGUAAACCUGUUGAGUUGUAUUCGCCAUCAUUGAAUUUCCUUACUACCCUUGUGCAGAUCUUCCCUCUCAUCUUCCAACAUAUACGACCAUCUUUUACCCCAAAAGACGUAGAGCAACUCGGCCAAUGUCUAUGCAAAGUGUGCAGUGUUGAACCUUCCGCAUCCGCACUGGACGGCCUCGGUACGGGCACGCCCGCUAGUAUGCACGCCCUGCAUUGCCUCGACACUGUACAUAAGGAAGCCCUAGUCCGCCAUGAGUUAUUGCCAGCGAUGUUCUCAGCACUAACCUCUCUAGCGGACGUAGUAAGCUCCCAACCGACAGCAAGUGCCCGUUGUCUCUCCGCUGCCGCGGCGCUGUAUCGGGCUGCGCCUGCGCCGAGUAAACAUAUUUUGCCGCACUUGCUGCAGGCUCUUCACAUAGCAGUGAAGAAGUGCAGUCCAGAGAAACGAAGACGGAACAGCGAGAGAGAAAGAGAUCAACCGGAUGAGACGGCGCAAAUUGCUACGUUGUUGUUGCAGGUUCUGGCCACUGGGUUACCGUUAGCGAGAGAAAAGCCUGACGAUUACAAAGAGUUUUGGGAAAUAUUGCCGGGCGUGCUUGAAACGUUCAUGUUUGAACCGCCUGUGGGUUGCGGCGGCCAAGCCCGUGAAGUCGUAUGUGUGAUCCGCGAUGAAGUGUUGGGCGGUUCCCCUCGGGCGCCCGCCCAUGCCGCUAGACGCGCCCUGCAUCUCGUCAGAGCGGGAUCCAUGCAUGCCAAUCACGCUGCUAAAAACGAGCAAGAACUUCGGGAGCGUGAGGAAUUUGCCCGAGCGUGCUUUGAGACUUUAUUGCAGUUCUCGAUGUUGGAAGAUGUCGAUUCCAUCGCAGCCGGAGAAGAAGACGCAGACCCACUAGCCAUAAUGCCACUUCUAGACCGGUUUCAAGAAGUCAUCUCGAAAUACAGUUCUGAAGACGAUUCAGAACCUUUAACCAGACAUCAACUGUCUGAGAUAUCGUUUGUCCUAAAAGCGAUAGCGACCCUCACUGAUGCCAUGAAGCGAGCGCCACCCGCAAAAGUAGACGCUACGGCCUGGCAGAAGCUUAUAGGUAUAUACCCGCUGAUAGUGGGUUUGGCAGCGGGGGGACGUGCCUCGGGGCCCGGUGGUUCAGGGCCCGCAGUGCGAGAAGCCCUUCUGCAGUUCGGGGGCCUUCUGGCUGCGCCGCCCUAG